UUUUCAUUUCCCUAAAUAUACGGCACAUCAACUCAUGUGCGGCAUUAUUUUAACCAGUUAUAAGCAUAUACAUUGCUAGAUUGAUUUAAUAUGGAUAGAGAAUUGUGGUCAAGCAGGUCAUUUCGCGCAAAUCGCAACAGAUUGGAUUUUAUAUUUUGUCAAAUAAUUUUUGUACUCUGUCUCAAAUGUUGUGAUUGCAUUUCGCAUGAAACGGAAGCAGCAAUGCGAGACUUUAGCAAAUUACGGUUAGAGCAGCGUUCCCCUACCGUCGCCACCACAAUUCUGUCCACGGAGAAGGAUAUUCGACACCGAAACUCUCCUUCGUCCUACCAUGAACAGACUGUUGCAGCAACUGACGACAUGAGUGUGGCAUUUAAACCCAGCUACCCCGACGUAAACAGUAAUUCUCAAUCUUCCGAUGAGAUCGGAUUCAAUAGCCCGUCACACAGACACCAAUCCGACAAUAAUCUCGAAAAUUCACAUAGCGAUGGCGGCAGUAAUCCUGAAGAUUAUCCAGAACCAGGAGUGGGCGGGUUUUUUCCUCCACUACCAUCGCAAAAUCCGAGCUUUGCUAAUCGGCCAUUGAUUGGCGGACCAGGGCCUGAGGAGGACAUCUCUUCCGUCGGAAUGAGUGUGGGACCCGCCGGGUACUCUUCCGAACACAGUAAGCCACACGGAAACAAGAACAAUAGAAGGCCUGAGAUGUCCAGUAGCAAUCCUGACGACGAUUCCGACGACCAAGAAGAUAUUCAGUUUAUUCCUGUUCCUCCUUCGCGUGAUUUUCUCACUGGAAUUGAGCAUGGCGAUGAUGGUGGUUUGGAGAGAGGAUAUGGAGGGUUGUUUGAUGGAGAUACAAACGAUGCAGACGGGACUGAUGAGAAUGAACAAAAUCCCGAGGCUGGUUAUUUCAGCGAUGACGGAGACCGAGGAUAUGGACCACAACAUCAACAAUCUCAUCAGAACGAAGGUCCAGAUUCAGAUGAUUCCAUUGGGGACGAUAGCGGCAGAGGAUACGGCAGCUCGGGUGGACCAAGUGGUAGCAGAAGUGGUGCGUCGGGAAGCAAUAAUCGAUACAAUCUCUACGAUUAUGGAGACUACUAAAGUUGAUUCAAGUACGUUCUAGAUAUGCUGUUAGCCCGUUCUUGUUAUUAUAUGUACAUACACGAAUACCACUUGUUUUUGUUAAUUUUUUCAUGUAAAAAAUAAAUGAAUGAAAAUUA